GCUGAAGGCGCCCUCGCAACUGAGUCCCCCACCGACCGCCAGCCCCUCUCAUCCUCUCCAUCGAGCAGCCCACCCAAGAAGAAGACUCAAUGCGGCGAUCGGAACCUGGCCGACGACUUUGAGAAGCACGCGGCGCUCCUCGCCGCCGCGGCCUUGUCGCCGACCAGCCCCACCUCGCCGCCUCAGCUCUCUUCUUCUCCGGGCAAGGAGUCGAUGUCGCCCUACGAGCUGGUGCUGCGCAGCGAGCUGCUGGGGGAGACCAAGCCCACCAAGAGCUGCCGCCGCCGCCUCUUCCAAUACAAGCCCGACGGCGACGCUGUGGGGUGUGCGACCACGCCGGCCACCUCGGAAUCGCCCAUCUCCAAGCGCUCCCAGGAGCUCCUGCGGACGCCGCCGAAGACGCCCCGCAAGAUAGCCACCUCGCCGUUCCGCGUAUUGGAGGUGCCGGCCAUCAGGGACGACUUCUACCUCAACCUCGUGCACUGGUCCUCUCAGAACAUUCUGGCGGUCGGGCUGGGCAAUUGCGUGUACCUGUGGAAUGCGGGCACGGGCCAGGUCACCAACCUCUGCGAGCUCGCGCCCUCCGACCCCGUCACCUCCGUCAACUGGAAUGCACGGGGCACGCACUUGGCGGUGGGCACGAACAAGGGGGUGGUGCAACAGUGGGACGUGGCCAAGCGUACCAAGAUCCGAGAGUUCGGCGGCCACGUAUCGCGCAUCGGCGCGCUCUCGUGGCGAGACAGCGUCGUCACCUCUGGGAGUCGGGACAGACUGAUCAUCAACAGAGACGUGCGGGAGCGGUCGCCGCACACGAGCAAGCUGAUCGGGCAUCGCCAGGAGGUGUGCGGCCUGCAGUGGUCGCCCGACCACCAGUUCCUCGCCUCGGGCGGAAACGACAACCGCCUUUUGAUAUGGGACCCCGUGCAGGCCGUGGACACCGGCUCGCAGGUGUGCAACCUCGUGUGGUCCGUCUCCGUCAACGAACUGGUGUCGACGCACGGCUACUCGCAGAACCAGGUCGCCGUGUGGAGCUACCCCACCAUGACCCAGAUCGCCACGCUCACCGGCCAUGCCACGCGUGUGCUGUAUCUGUCGAUGUCGCCCGACGGCCAGACGAUCGUGACGGGCGCUGGCGACGAGACUCUCCGCUUUUGGAACGUCUUCCCGCCCACCCGCACGGCCGCGACGUUGGGCGACUUUGGCUCACUGUCCUUUGGGAGCAUGCAGAUACGCUGA